GCCCCCUCCCCCCUCCCCUUUCGAAACACUCACAACUGUCCCAUCCACGAAGAUCAGCAACAGAAGGUGAUCACAAACUCAAGAGAGGGAGAGAUGUCUCUGGUCCAUCGAUAUCACCGCCUCGCCAGACCCCAGCCCUACUAGGAGACAGCCGUCCGACACGACUAGCCAGCCUUCACCCUCACCCUUCUGGCCCCUCCCGCGGUCUGACGGGCGACGUCUCGUCACCGCCCUCGCCUUCGCAGCCCAUCAUGUCGGGUCGAAAGCUUGGGGGAGGGAGGGUGCUCGGCAGCGGCAAAGGUCUCGCACCGCCCCAGCAGCAGGCCAGGACCCCGAGGGCAACGAGCCCCUAUGCGCCGUCCGAUUCCAGCUCCGUCUCCCAGUACUCCAACUCCCGCGACUCCUUCUCUCCACCAUCUUCCAGCCCUGUACCCGAUUUUGGACCUCAAGACCUCGCAUCGAGGAUCAGUAUUGGCGGCCCUUCCAAUGGCGAUGCCUCCAGCACAAAGCUGGUCUGUCCGAUCUGUGAGGAGGAAAUGCUCACACUGCUUCAACUCAACCGGCACAUCGACGACAACCACCAGGAGCUUCCCGCCAUAGAACAAGAUGAGGUCAAGACGUGGUUCGACAAGCAGGUCCUCAAGGCGAAGCGCUUCCAGCCGCUCACGCUCAUCAACUCCAAGUUACGGGGCCUCGACGUCUUCGAGUCUAACGAGACACAGCCCAUGACCCCCCCUCCCAGCAUGUCCGGCCCCCGGCCGCCCCUCGACUCCGUGAUCGAUCCUGAAGAGCUGGUGACUAGGAAACAUUGGCAACGGCCUACGGGAAAUGACAGGUGUACGGAGCCAGCAUGUGGGAAGAGCCUGGGGCCCAUGGCUGGCAGCAUCAACUGCAGAAAUUGUGGCAGGCUGUUCUGCGAGGUCCACACCAUGUACCAGAUGAGGCUGUCCAGAUCCGCAAACCAUGACCCGGUUAGGGGCUGCUGGUGCCGUGUCUGCGAGACCUGCUACAAGUCAAGAGAUGGCUACAACGACCACAACGGCGUCAUGGUCGACCACACCAAGACGUUUGCCGAUAUUCGGAGGAAAAAGGUCGAGCGACAGAACCUGGAGAUCCAGCGGCUCGAGAAGCGCCUCACAAAGCUCACACAGCUGCUGGCGAACCGACCCGAGGAGGCAGCAGGGGCCGGCGGCGGUCUGCUGUCCCCCGUCGCCAGCCUGGCCGGACAGAAGAACGUUCGCAAGCAGCUGGAACAGUCGGUUGUGACGUGGGAGGAGGACGCAAAGGUCCCUCGCUGCCCGUUCUGCCAGCAGGAGUUCUCGUGGUCUUUCAGGAGGCACCACUGCCGAAUGUGUGGGCGGGUGGUCUGCGCAGACACGCAGACGCUCUGCUCGGGAGAGGUGGGCUUGAAUGUCAACAAGCCCCUCCUAUCCAACGGCACGGUGGUCACCAGCGGGACGAGGAACGAGAAGGCGGAGUCGCCUGCCGAUGGCCACAUCAGCGUCGACGUCCGCAUGUGUCGCGACUGCAAGACGACCAUCUUCUCCAAGCGUGACUUUGCAGAAUCCGUGGCACACAAGCCCCCAGAUCAACGUGCUUACGAGACGCUGCGCCAAUUUGAACGCGGCAUCAAGAUGCUCAUGCCGUCAUUCCAGCGCGCGCUUGUGGCACUCCAGCCCCCAGACGACGAGUUCUCGUCCGACAGGCCACCCCCUUCGCAUGCACAGAUCCAGGAGGCGAGCAAGCUGCGCAAGAGGCUGACAGACAGUUUUACCAAGUAUAACCUCGCGGCCAAGCGGCUGCGCGACAUGAAGACGACCAGCCCGACGCAGCUGAGGCUGCAGAAGAACAUCUACACUGCGGCCAGCGGAUUUCUGCAUACAUACAUGCUGCCUAUGAAGAGCGUACCCAAGAUGCUGAAGAGCAACACUUCCUCCUCCAACAGCCACCGGAGGCUGCUCACAGCAAAUGACCGGCACAACAGCUCCGGCUCAGCA